AGUCAACUCUUCAAAGCAAACCCCUCCGAGCCUACCUCUUUCAACAAUGAAGGCCUCCGCCACCAGCAUCAUCGCCAUCUUGGCCGGCAUGGCCAUGGCUUACCCAUCGUCGGCGUCGGCGUCGGCGUCGGCCCCCUCGCCAAAGUUGAACGACCCUCUGGAGGGCCCUUUUUGCGAAAAGGACCUCGACUGCGGAGGAUGUAUUCUCAACACCUACACGAACAAGUAUCAUUGCUCGCGAUGCCUGCAGAACCCCACCCUCUUCAUCGGGGCCCAGGAUCGCGACAAGAAGCGCUGCUUCACGGAUCCAGUCCGCGAUAAUGAGGCGGCCGAAAGAUACUUGGCCAAGCUCACCGAAGAAGCAAAGAAGGUAGCAAAGACCGCCGCCUAG